AUGGGGGGGAACAAGGCUGAUUGGGUUGUUGUCAGGACGGAAGUGCGUUCGAAUGGCUCGGAAUUAGUUUCAGAAUUCCCACCACUGGACACGCUCGAUGAUAGUCGUCGAUUACACCUGAUCAACGCAUUUCGUCGAUAUGGCUAUCGCGUUGCCGAUCUAGAUCCUCUUCAUCUGAAGCGACCACCUGUAGUGCAUGAACUGAAGCCAGAAUUGUAUGGGUUAAAUCCAGAGAGUGUGCUGCGAGAUGUUGGUAUAUCGAUACGCGUUGCUGAUCUUAUCGAUAAACUCAACGCCAUUUACUGCGGAAACAUUGCCACUGAAUUCAUGCAUAUAAAGGAUUGGGAAGAAAGAACGUGGUUUGCACAGAGAUUCGAGGAUAUGCACAGAGUGGAGAUAAGGGCGGACGAGAAACGACGAUAUGCUGAAUUGAUGCUGAGGAGUCAGAACUUCGAUAGAUUCAUGUCGUUGAAAUUCCCGACAGUGAAACGAUACGGUGGAGAAGGU